ACUAGUUUCAAAACAAAAAUGGCGACCUCCAUGAACGUCAUUCACUUCACAAAACAAGCUCUGAACGCCCUUGUGAGAAGUCGCAUGAGAACGGCAUGUUUCGCUCGAUACAUGAGUCAGAAUGCUGGUGAAAGUGGUCCAUCAGAGGAGUUGCAGGCCUCGUAUGAAGAUGAGGGGGAGGAGACUGAGUAUGAAACGAAACUCCGGAUCUUGAAGUCCUCCCUGCCCUUUGUACACCAACAUGGCUGGACCUCAAAUGCUCUUGCACAAGGUGCAGAGAUGGAAGGUCUACCCGGCAUCGCCCAUGGAUUGUUCCCUAAGGGAGGGGUUGAGCUCGUCUUCUAUUUCUACACAGACUGUAACAAGCAGCUGGCCAACCAGUUGGCGGAGAAGGUCCAGCAAGAAAAGGAGGCUGAGGCCACACAAGCUGGGAGUGGCAGUGGUCCUAAAAUCAGACCGUUCAUUCGAGAUGCUGUUGAGACGAGACUUCGAAUGAUCAUACCAUACAUGGACAAGUGGCCUCAGGCCAUGGGUAUAAUGGCCCUUCCUCAGAAUGCCCCAGGGGCUCUGGUUCACUUGAAGGACCUCACAGAUGAGAUCUGGUACCACGCUGGAGAUCAGUCUACAGAUUUCAACUGGUACACCAAGCGGGCUAUACUUGCUGCCUUGUACAAGUCUACGGAGGUAUACAUGGUCCAGGAUAAAUCAGAGGAUUACCAACAGACAUGGGAGUUCCUUGAUAGACGCAUGGCCAACCUGACCAAUUUCGGAAAAAUUACAAGAAGCGGCCAGGAAAUGGGGACAGUGAUGCAGGAAGCAUGUAAGGGCCUUGCCAUCGUGGGACGGAACAUUCUUGGAGCCAACUCCAGGCUGAAAUGAAGACAAGAAGACUCUUCAAUUUCUUCCUGAAAUGUGGCUUGGAAUUCGCAUGUGACAUUAACUGAUGAUUUUGAACUUGACUGAAGGUGCAUAAAAUAGUCAAUAAAUUAUAUUAUUUUCUUUAUAGUAAAUGUUGUUUAACAAAUAUCUUGAACACUUCAUGUUUUCCUUUGAAUUUCAAAGGUAGGUAACUUACAGUAUAUGUCCUAUUAGAAACACUGGCAACGGGUCUUUUGAAAACCCUAAACACCAAAUAAGAACCAUUUUCCAUUUUCAGCAAGCUUUUUUAAAAUCAGCUUAAUUCGAUGAUCAGCCAUAUAUAGUUUUAAAGCGUCAUAAAAUUCAAUACUGACCACUCUUGUCACAAUUACCCAUUAUCUAGACCGCAGGCUGAAAAAACAAAAACUAACCAAUCAGCGACCAGUACUAGCUAUGGCAAAGUUGGUGUGUAAAUUGAUGUCCACUGAGAAUGUGGCUUUAGUUUAACAAUACACCACUUUCGGCAGGAAAGAGAAAUGUUCUGCUCAGUUAUCAAUGUACGUGGUAUGUAAAAAAAAUAUUUAAUAGUGUAUGGGUUUAUAUGCAUGAUGUCAGCGGACGCAGCCAGUCUGAGUAGGGGGAUCAAUCCAUUAUGCGCUAUAAAAAAAUGGCUCUAUGAAAUGCUUUUCAAAGGAAGAAACUUUUGUUAAGUUUGAAGUGAGAAUUGUUAGAGUCUCAGAAGCGAGAGAAACAAACAUGAAAAGACCCCCUGCAGUUGUUUGGGCAUCCAUGUCUAAUAGGACAUUCAGUAUCUUUGAAAAUAGCCACAGUGCAUAAUUAUGUGUUUGUGGAUCAAUGUUUUCAUGCCUUUGUAAUUUGAGCAAAUGGUUUUUUUUUGUAUUUUCUGUUCCUUUAAAGGGUACUGGUUGGAGAGCAGUAGCCAGUGGAAAGCAGUAGCCGGCAAUCGCUUUUUAUUCGUUUUUUUUUUUUAAAUCUUCUUAAAAAAGGUGAGAAUGGUAAAAAAGAACCUUAAACAAGGUGAGAAUGGUAAAAAAGAACCGUAUCCAAGCAACACGAUUUGCAUCGAAUCCAACACAAAGCGUACGUUUAAACAUUUUAUUUACAAAAAGUAUUGGAAAUGUCAAAAAGUUCGCCAACUUUCUCGUGGGGGAUGCUCACAUGAAUGUUACUGCGCAUGCGCAAUUGAAUAAAUUUGCAUAUCUAAUUAUAGCACUAGCAUUUACCGACAGUCAAGUGUUGGUUAUGAACGAUUAUUCUUCCAUGAAUCAAAGCAAAAUGUAUUUUUAAAAAAGCCUGUUGAAAUGAUAUUUUCAUAUUGCCCGUCAAUCGCUUUCAAACAAUAUUGAGACAUAUUCAAAAUUUUAUGUAUCUAUGGUGUGGUUUUAGACGCGUUGUUAAAGCGAGACUUCUCCAGCGCUUGGAUACCAAUAUUACUUCCCUGUUCAAUAGAGGCGCCGCAUGGGGAAAUUGUGACGACACAAAUUUAAAUAAUGUAAAGUUAUUAGACCUUGACCCCUAGUUUCAUAAAAUUUAAGUAUUAAUUCUGUUACAUUUCGAUCUACCGAGAAAAUCUUCAAAAACAUGCAAAAACUGCUGGCUACUGCUCUCCAACCAGUAGACCUGUCAAGUGAAGUAGCAAGAUUGAUGUUCAUUUAUGUGGGGGACUAAAAUAGUUCCGAUAGAAUAUAAUCGGAUAAUUUUUACAAAUUUAAUCAUGGCAUCAGUAUCUUUUUUAGCCAUGUUCUAAUUCUACUUGUCAGAAUUAAUGUCAUGCCUUAUAUUGAACUAUGUAUGUUGUUUUCAUGGUGCAUUUAUGUGUGUUUACACCUAAUUUCCUUUUUCUCCCCCAUAGAAACUGUAUGAUGUUUGUUGUUGUGUAAAUGUUUUAUACUGUUAAUUUUGUUAGGAUUAGAAUAAACACAUCUUUAAAAUCUA